AAAUAAAUAUUUUGUUUGCAAAUUAAAUUGUUAAUAAUGGCGAAAUUACUGCAACGCGUGGAAGUUACAUUGCGUAGCCUUUACGUUUUCAAUUCCAGCUUCGGGGAGCGUGAAGGCGAGGAACACAAGAAAAUUUUGUUCUACCACCCGGAUGACAUUGAAUUGAAUACAAAAAUCAAGGAUGUGGGACUUAGUGAGGCUAUCAUACGGUUUACAGGGACUUUCACUUCGGAAGACGAUUGCCAGGCUUUGCACACCCAGAAAACCACUCAACUGUUUUACCAGCCCGAGCCAGGAUAUUGGAUGGUAAUGGUGCUCAAUGUGCCCAAGGAGGUGCGCCUGAAGGAAGGCGUGGAGGUGAACGACUACCGGGGAGCGGAGAUCUCAGACAGGAUCUACAGAGCGAUCCUAAGGCAGUGCUAUCGAAUGUUUCGCCUGCAGCACGGUACCUUCGCAGCACACGCAAUCGAGGAAUCGGAUGCCGAGAAGCGAAGGGAACUGCUGUCGCAGGAGCUGCGCUGUUUCUACCAGAAGUAUCUCAUCCGGGAUCUGAAGGAUCUGGCCCACUGUGAUAUCAUUGACAUGCUCCAUUCCAUACAAUAUAUGCCGCUGGACAAAUCCCUCUUUCUGCGAGCCCAGAAUUUUGGAAUGCUUGCCGAAACCUUUCCGGUCAUCAAGCAGACAGUUAUGCUCUACCAGGAACAGAUCCUUUGCGGGGGAAAGCUGCAGCCGGAGGAUCUCUAUAGCCUGCACUCAUAUAUAGUGCAAAACGUCCUGAAAAGAGAAGAAAGCAGCUCUACCUUGGCUGUGAGCCCCUCGCUCAAGCGGAGCAUCAGUGAGAGCCAGGUGCCAGGAUUUGUGCGGCAACUAGAUGAAGGAGAUGAGGAGACGGCGCUGGAGCAUCCCCUGAAAGUCUAUGUCAACGUGGAGAAGCAAACGAAGACGUAUUACCUGCUCAUCUAUCGUGUCCUCCACAUUACGCUUUGUUUGUUCUUGGACGCUGACCAACCUGCCCCCAAACAGGAGCUCUACGAUGAACUUAACGCAUAUUUGAGGGGCCAAUUGACCUCGCUGGCCCGCGAUAUAGCCACCGAGCUGAACAAGGAGGCGGUGGGCUCGACCGGCGGUCAAGAUAACACAAACGGCAGCAGCAGCGGCGAAACGGCAGCUAAGUACUUGUUUAUUAACGAACAGAGCCUGCAGCAUCAUACGAACAUGCAGCGUCACCUGCCCCAGGGGAUACCUCGCAACGUACUAAGCAUUAUUGCGGACCUGGCCAAUUCCAGCGGUAAAGCGGACAACCUGGACAGUGCGCCUGCCGAGGAGCUGCAGGUGAAGACUACCAACGAUUACUGGAUUGUCAAGAGGCGCUGCAACUUCCGGCAGUACUAUGUGAUCCUGUGCAACAGCAAGUUCACCCUGCUAGACGUGACCCAGGAAGCAAGGCGGAUUUUCGAGCAGGAGCUCACAGAUGAUGUAUUCUUUGACAAAUAAAGAGGAGGAUCAAAUACAG